AGUUGUGUGAGACCUGAAGAGUUGUAAUUGUAAGCAAAGGAUAAAUAACUGGAUUUUCAGCAUCAAGCCGAUGUGAUGGGACCAAGCAAGCCAACCAUGUCUGAUGCUACAUUUGCAUUCACUACUCAGCUGUACAGGAAUGAAGCAAAGGCUUUACAAACACAGCUCCAGUUUAAUAGAAAUGUCCCUGCAGUUCCAGAGAACUUGGCUCUCAGAUUCUCUAACCCCCGUCCAAUUAUAAUAGAAAAACUGAAGGCAUCCAAUGAUCAGAGAAAUCUAGCUGGAAGUGAGGACCCCAGCAUAAGAAGCUCUGUCAUGUUUUCAGUGAUAUCUGAAGAGAGACUAAAAUUGGCUAUUCAGCUAGCCAAAAGGGACAUAAAACGAAGACAUCUUGAAGAGCAAGUGAAACAGCAAGUGUUUGGAGAUGCUGUCAAUAAACCAUUGUUAGCCCAGAAGUCACAACAGCAGAAGACUGAAGUAUUUGAAAGUCCAGAACAUAAAAAUGCAGUGAAGUCUCAAACUCACUUGAAAUAUCAGCAGAAACUUGGUCAGCCUUCCAAAGUGGAGACUACCAUCUCUGGUGCUAAAGUUUAUCUCUACACACCAAAUGAGAGAAAGCUAAUACCAGCUGUUUUGGACUCUCCACCCACCCAUGACACAGGACCGGACCCCAAGCCAAAUGUAAACAAAAAAGAAGAUAAAAAUAUGCAGGAAGUCCGACGGCUGCAAAAGGAAUUGAGGAGCUACAUCCACAAAAUUGAAGAACUGACUAAAAAAGGGAGAGAGAGAGAAAUUUUAGAUCCUGAUAAAGAGCAACAAGUUUGCACUAGGAGACAGAAACAAGCUGCACGGUCAGCUCGGAUGCUGUAUGUGCUCCAGCAACAGGUAAAAGAAAUUCAGGAUGAUUUAGAGAAACUGAGUCCUCAUAAAAUCAAACAUACUAAAAAGUCUCGAGCAGUAUCCAGAUUGGCAGCAGCGCACAGAGGAGCUGUACGAGCCUUGCAGGCAUUUGCCAAUCAGUUUACAGAUCAAACAGAGCAGCAGAUUCCUACCCACUACAAGGAACUGGGCAGUCUCAUUCGACAACUGUCCCUCUGUUCUGCCAAACUAGAAGUGGAUUCUUCCAUUUCUGAUGUUAUCAUAGAUAUUUUGCUGCAAGUUGAGGAUCUGGAUUCACUGCUGGAAAAGAAACAAACACCCAAAAAAGUGAAGAAAUGUAUUUCAGCAUCUCAGGGCAAAUCUCCAAGGAACACAGAGACAUUUCCAGCCAGAAAGCAGCUUACAUCUCCAAAAGGAGAAAACAAAUCUCUCAUCUUAAAGGGACAGCACAGACAAGAACCUAGAAAACCUCCAGCUGCCAGGAGUCUCUUGACUGCAGUUCAGAAGGCAAACAGUUGUGCUCAUACAUUGCACAAUAAAUUCCAAGAAAGUGACCCACGUACUCCAGAGAGAAAUGCCACUUUGCAAGGAAGCAUAGACGCAUUGGUGAGAGCUAGAGCUGUAAAAAAAGAUCCCAUCCUUGAAAGUGGCCCUUUGAAGAAGAAAGGUGUGUUAUUGCCUGCAAAAUCACAGGGAAUGCCGAAAUCUCUAAAAUCAAGACAGGUACAGCCUCAAGAAAAGCAUGCACGAUUUCAGGAGACAACUAUAGCUUUCCAGCUAAAAGAGAACAAACGACUUGUUAAGGAGAGCAGAAUACCCUGCGUGCCUCCAAACCCUACAUCUCCACCUGUUUCACCUAAGCGCUUACCAUGGCUUGAAGCAGAAACUUCAAGAAGAGUGAAGGUUCUAACUGACCUUAGCAGAGGAGAAAUGAAAAAAAUACAAAAGUUAAGGUCACAAAGUGCUUCUCCAACCCAGUGUGCAGACAAAGUUGAGAAGGCAGUACGGGAGCGCUUAGAACCUCUAUUAGAUAGGACACAGCAGGUUGCAGCAAAUGCAGCUAUUCUGAGUGAAAAGCUAUUGGAUGAUCUUUUGGAAGAUACUGCUCAGGAACUGUGGAGUAUGGAGCAGCGUGAGAGACUCCAGACUGAGGCUCUGCUUAUGGCUGAUACUCAUAGUCUGGAGUCAAUGUUGCAAAGAAUGGAAGAAAUUGAAAGAUACCAGGAGGCUGUACGCAGGAGAUUCACCCAAAUUGUGUACAGUGAUUCGGAGUUCUGGGUCCAGGAAGACAAAAUGGAACAACAAAUUGCAUCGAUAGCUAAAAGACCUACAUCUCCUCAUCCAAUUCAGAUAACCAAAUCAAUCGGACACACAGAGCCAGAAAUGGACAUUUUAUUUGAAAAACUUUUUGAUGGCUAUGAUACUGAUGAAAACAAAGAAUCAGAGGAGAACUUGCGGACUGGAAAUGACAUUCUGCAGCCCUUGACUCGGAAUUCGCUACAGAAAGAGUGCUAUGUGUCUCUCUCUGUGCCAAAGCAUAUGCUCCAGAGCAUCUUGGAUUAUAACAGCAGAUACAAGCAUCACUUAAAGCUUAUUUCCCAUGAGGCGAUAGGCAGUUUCAAUCCAUGGCGGAUUGCUGAGAGUCUUGCAGAGCAACUAACAGACGAAGCCCUAUGUGAUGUGGCAGCAGAGCUGCAGGAUGUUUGUGAGGAUUACGCAGAAGCUGUGUUCACGUCAGAGUUUUUGCAGCCAGCGCAGUAAAUGCUUUCAAAUCUGCCCCAUUAUCAAAUGCAACGUGAGCCUCAGUCUAACAGUCUUAUCAGAUGAUCUCAUUUUUCAUGUUUUUUUAAAAGUGUGAGAGUGUGUUCACCAAAUGAAUUAAGUCCAUCAAGGAUUCAUCUCAGGUUUUUAUAAAACCAUUAUCAUAAUAUUUUCAGACUUUAUUACACUAUAUUUAUCAGGACUUAUUUUUAGGCGGUGUUUCAAUAGAAUGAAGUAAACUGU